AUGCCUUGGACACGAUGCAUUGCGCCAACGACGGCAAUACGACUUUUAUUGAUAUCAGCUGUAUUCGCGGAAAAAUAUAGGAGUGGCGUGCUCCAGAAAUACGGGACGACUUCUCACCUUUGGAUUCAUCCAUUCCAAACCCAUCGACUAAAUGACAUUUGGGCCUUUGGCAAAGUUUUGACUGGAAUUUGCCUUGAACGCUGGAGACUGCUCCGCUGCCAAAUCUCUAAAGCAGAUUGCUAA